AUGCGUGUUCUUUGUGUAGCAGAGAAGCCGUCUAUUGCGCGUUCGAUUACUGGGAUAUUGUCUGGUGGACAAUAUAAUACGCGAGCAACACGAAACAAAUACAUCAAGAACUAUGACUUCGACUACCCCCAAACGAGGUCAACUUUCACAGUCACAGCCGUCUCAGGUCACCUUAUGGAACACGAUUUCGACGAGGCGUAUCGAUCAUGGGGGUCCUGCGAUCCAUUCACACUCUUCGAGGCCCCCGUGAUAGCCAGAAUUGCUGGGGAUAAUAAGACAAUUGAAGAGAAUUUGAAGAAAGAGGCGAGGAGGGCGGAUGAGUUGAUGAUUUGGACGGAUUGUGAUCGGGAAGGAGAGAAUAUUGGUGCUGAGGUUGUUAGGGUUUGUAGGAAGGUGAAUGUGGGGAUUAGGGUUACGAGGGCGAGGUUUAGUGCGAUUAUUCCGCAGCAAAUCCACCGCGCCGCCCAAAACCCAGGUCUCCUCGACCAAGCUCAAGCAGACGCAGUCGAAGCGCGUACGAUCCUCGACCUGCGUCUCGGAGCUGCGUUUACGAGAAUGCAAACUCUCAACCUCCAACGUCGAUUCGAGCAGAUUAAAGAUACUGGUACACCCGUUUCUUACGGGCCUUGUCAGUUUCCGACUCUGGGGUUUGUGGUGUCGAGGUAUGAACAGGUGCAGGCGUUCGUACCUGAGGCGUUUUGGUAUAUCUACCUAUCUUUGUCGCGGAGUGGUGCGUCGGUGGAGAAAGGAGGGAAGAAGAAGAAUGGUGAGGAGGAGACGACGGAGUUUUCGUGGAGACGAGUGAGGUUGUUUGAUCGGUUGGCUGCGGAGGCUAUUUAUGAGUAUGUGGUGGAGAACCCGGUGGCGAGGGUGACGAAGAAGACGUGUAAGCCGACGAAGAAAUGGAAGCCGCUGCCAUUGACGACUAUUGAACUUCAAAAAGCAGGGUCGAGGUUGUUGAGGUUGGCUCCGAAGACAGUCCUUGAUAUUGCAGAGAAGCUCUAUCAGCGUGGAUUAUUAUCUUAUCCACGCACGGAAACAGAUCAAUAUGAUCCUCAAUUUGAUUUCAUGUCUCUAAUAGGCAAGCAAACUGUAGAUCCUACUUGGGGUGGAUUCGCAACGCAACUUCAAAAUGGUGAAUUCACCUCUCCACGGAAAGGCAAGAACAACGACAAAGCGCAUCCUCCUAUCCAUCCUACCAAUUAUGCUGGAAACCUUGCUGGUGAUGAGAAGCGAGUAUACGAGUUUGUGACGAGGAGAUUCCUAGCGUCUUGUCACAAAGACGCAGAAGGUCAAGAAACUACUGUAGAGGUAUGCUGUGGUGGAGAAUACUUCUCCGCCUCAGGCCUUAUCGUCCUUGCAAGAAACUACUUAGACGUCUACGUCUACGACAAAUGGAACGGUCGGUACCUACCCAACUUCGACGAAGGCGAACAAUUCAUGCCGUCAAUAUGCGAACUCAGAGAAGGCGAGACCUCUUCUCCGACUUUGUUGACUGAAGCGGACUUGGUUGGGUUGAUGGAUAAGAAUGGAAUUGGGACGGAUGCGACUAUUGCACAGCAUAUUCAGAUGGUUACGGAUAGGGGGUAUGUGAUUGAGAGGAUGGAGGGGGUGGUGAAGUAUCUUGUACCGUCGACUCUGGGUAUUGGGCUUGUGGAAGGGUAUAAUGAGAUUGGGUUUGAGAGGAGUUUGAGUAAGCCGCAGUUGAGGAGGGAUACGGAAAGGGCGAUGGUGCAGGUGUGUGAACGGACGAAGUCGAAGCAUGAUAUGCUCGAGCAGAGCAUUGAACAGUAUAAAGAAGUCUUUAUUCGGGCUCGGAGGGAGUUUGAUAAAAUUGUUACUAGCGUCAGUCGAUAUCUUGAAGGUGACGGAAACCGAGAUAAUAACGCUGCUGGUGCUGGAGGUAAUAAUCCAGGUGGUGGCGGAGGAGGAGGUGCAGGUGGGGGUGGAGAUGGUGGAGGCCGCGGAGGUCGUGGUGGUCGUGGAACUAGAGGUGGUAGAGGCGGAACUGGAACUACGCGAAGAGGCGGACGGGGAGGCGGUUCUUCGAGCAGAGGUGAUGGUGCCGACGGAGGAUCAGGUCCCAAACGUGCUCGGACAACGGGUCGUAAAAAGAAGGCUACUGCUAGCGAAGAAACGGUGGAGAGCGACAUCGACUUGGACGGACCUACGCAAGUUGCUCAUCAACCCCCGCCUCCACCUGUCCCGAAACUUCGAUCCCGAGUAAUUUUAGUUCGAAAAUCCGCAGAAAAUCAAGCCGGACCAGGUCCAUCCUCAUCCUCAUCAUUCUCAACUGCCAAUCAGCCUUCACGCAAUCCAGCUCCCUUCCGAUCCGGGUCAGGCCCUGCUGUUGAAGUAGCACAAAUAGUACAAUGUCAGUGCGGAGUGCAGGCAGGUGAACGAACUGUUGUGAAAGAGGGUCCGAACAAGGGGAGGAGGUUCCGAAAGUGUGGGAAGGGAGACGAGUGUGGUUUCUUUGAGUGGAUUGAUGGACCGUUGACUUCUAUCUCUUCUACCUCCUUCCCUUCUGGUUCUGCGACGUCAAGGCAAAUGGAUACUCAUUCGGAUUCUAACAUCUUACGAACGAAUAACAACGCUAAUAGACCUGCUACUUCGGAUCGGCGAUGUAAGUGUGACCUAGCAGCCGUACAGCGGACUGUUGUGCGUGAGGGGCCGAGCAAGGGACGGAAUUUCUGGACGUGUCCUAGUUCGAAUCAGUGUGGGUAUUUUGAGUGGGAGGAGCCUGAACGAAGUGUGACGGCUGGUACUAGGUCGGAUGAAUGUUUUAAUUGUGGACAGAGUGGACAUUGGGCAAGUGCAUGUCCGAAUGGUGCUCAGGCCAAUCGAAACCGCGCAAUGAGUAUCGACUCGUCGGCAGGUAACGUCAAUCCGAAUCCGUCCUCGUCCUCGACUGCGUGCUUCAAGUGUGGUGAAGAGGGGCACUACAGUAGUGCCUGUCCAAAUGGAAAAAACUCGAGUAUUGGAGCCUGCUUUAAGUGUGGAGACGAAGGGCAUUAUAGUAAUGCAUGCCCUAACGGCGAACCUAACACUCGAAGAAGCAAAUCCACCACUACCACUACUAAAAGCCGUAGCACGACUACCACAUCUAAAAGUAAUACUGCUAGUAAACGAGGACGAGCUGGGUCGACGAGUUCGACUUCUACUCGCGGAGGGAGUAAAAGUAAAAGUAAACGUGGGGCGAAAGGUGCUGGGAGGUCACAUUUUGCUGCAGCAGAUCAUUAUUAAGUUAGG